AUGACGCCAGAAACCAUCUCCAACGACUUCCAAACCAAUGUUGAUGCCCCGCGGCCUCCCCAGAAUUUCAAAGAGUUCAAGUCGCUAGUCAACAAUAACGAGGUCCCAAUUGACCCCCCUCUCAACCCAGAGCAUCGAUGGUGGUGGGAUAGAUGUGCACCGCUCCUGAACAGCCUACUCAACAGUGCAGAGUCGUAUACGUCUGAAGAAAAGGCAGAUCACCUGCGCGUCUUCCGCGAUGUUGUCGUGCCUUCUUUCGGUACUCCAACACCAAGGGCCAAAGUCAGGCCACUCCUUACGUACGAUGGCUCGACUUUUGAACCUUCUUGGAACUUUACCAAGGGCAAUGAUGGCGUUGUUCGCUACACCUUCGAGCCUCUUGGUGAUACCGCUGGCUCGGAGGAAGAUCCCUUUGCUGGGGAGAUUGGUCGCUCUUUGAUUCCAAUUCUCUCCCAGGUCUCUUCUGAUGUCGACCUACAGUGGUACAAGCAGGUCGUGAACGAGUGGUUCGUCACACCUGAAGAAGCAGUCGCCGCUCGUCAGAACAUGCCGCCGCAUAUCAAGCGCAUUCCACAGCUUUUCCUUGCCUACGACAUGAUACGAUCUAAGCGAAUGCUCAAGGCCUAUCUGUUCCCAGUGCUGAAACAUUUCGCAACGGGGGCAACGACAUCAGACCUUGUAUUCGACCUGAUUCCCAAGCUGCAGCCAUUCGGUGACAAGCUCGCCAUGCCAGCCAGAAAGUUGCAGAAAUACUUGGCAACCUGCAAAGAACCAUGUCUUGUUGAGAUGAUGGCUAUCGACUGCGUCGACCCAAGCAAAGCGCGCGUUAAAGUUUAUGCCCGAACCACAUCGAACUCCAAGUCCGUGCUGGCGGACGUCUUCACGCUCGGUGGUACUCAGACUGACGAAGCGACGUUGAAGGGAGUCGAGGCUGCGGAGAAGGUUUGGCAUCUUUUGCUUGAUGAGCCACAGGGCAUGGCUCCAGAUCAACGUAAGGAUGCCCGAGACAUGAAAAAUUUACAUAAAGGCAUUUGCUUUGCGUUCGAGUUGAAACAAGGAGUCGAACGGAUUGAUAUCAAAGCGCACUUGCCUUGGGGACAGACUGCGCGUAGUGAUUUCCAGACGAUUGAAAACUUUGCGCAAGUAUUAAGGAACGUAGGCUUGGACUCGGCAGAAAAGUUCCUUAAGGGAGCUUUGGAGACUGCUAAACUGCCCGGUCGAGACUACACCAAGCCAGGUGGCUUGUCAUACGUCUCCUAUAACUAUAAUCAGAACGGGCCUUAUUUGUCAUCGUAUUUCUCUCCGAAGAUCCAGGAUAACUAA